AUGCCACGACGCGGUGCUCCGUCUUCCAAUACAUUGAGUCCCCAGGAUUCGUCCUCACCGAACGGUCCUGCUUCCCUUCGUUCCAAUUCGCCUACCGCAGGCAUCACUCAGUUCCUUUCCAAACCCUCCAAAUGGUUCGGUCGCAGCGUUUCCUCACCAAAAUCCAGCUCCGGUAGCACCACAGAGCCCAGGGCGAGUAAUUCGUCGGCCAGGAAGCACAAAAUUUCGCACCCUACAGAUCCGAGACCGAUAUUGGAUGGGUAUGCUGGUUCUAACGCCAGGUGA